UUGCCCAUUGAUGAAGAGAACAAUGCCUUCAAGCUUGAAGGUUUUUUCCAGUGCAACAAGGAUAUGAAUGUUGCUGAUUUUGAGGAUGAUGAUUUUGUUGCUCCUCCAAAGAAACCAACCAGUGAGGCUCCUUCCUCAUCCUAUGUUCCUUGUGUGACAUUUGGUUUUUCUGAUAUGAAAAUUAUUGUGGAUGAAUGUCAGAAGAAGUGUAACAUUAUGUCUAAGGAAAUUGCAUUUUUAAAGUCUGCUAGUGAAUCUAGACAUAGGGCAUUGAUGGAGAUGUUGGUUAAUUUGAAAAACGAUCAAGAUUUAAAACACAAGGCAAUUAUGGAAAUGUUAGGUGAGUUGAGGCCAAAAUCAUGUGGUAUUAAUGAUGAUAUUGAUCCUGUUGAUGUUGGUUUUGUGGGAGCUGAUGUUGGUGAUACUUCUGGUGGUGGUGGUGUUUCAAAGGAAAAGGAUAAGUUUUUUGAGAAUGAAAGUUUUACCCAAGUUUUUGAUGAAUGCAUUCAAGCAAUGCAAGAAGAUGCUGCUGGAGAUAUGGUAAUUGCAGAUGAUAAGAAUGAUACAGUAAAUGAGAAUGAGAAGACUACUGGGAAUGAUGUUGAAGAAACAAUGAAUAUUGUCAAACCUCAUGAUGAUGUAGCUGAUGUUGUUAAAGAUCUAGAAGAAGAGGCUCAUAUUUUUAACAACAUGAAUGUGGAGAUUUUUGAUAAAGUUGUUCAUGCAGCUGUUGGUGAUUUGGCAAAGAAAAAGGAAGUUAUUAUGGCAACACCCAUUGCUGGUUCUUUGAUGAAUCCAGUAGUUGUGUCUACUCCUGCUGUUGGCAAAAGGAAUCCAAAGCCUGCUACAGUUUUGCAAUCUCCUUUUGUGAACCAAUUUGGAUCAUCUUCUUCUGAGGAUAUGAAACAUUUGGAGGUUGUGAAGUCUAAAAGGAAGGUUGUGGGACGAUAUGCUUUUGGAGACAAUCUUUUUGAUCUGCCUAAUCAAAUUGACCAAGACUCUUUUAACAAGUGGUUUUCUCUGGGGCUGAGAAAAAAUAAUAAGUAUGCUUCUAUUUUUUAAUUGUUUUUUUAUUUAUUUUGUAUUUCAGUUUCUGUUUCACCAUAAUUCACUUUUAAAUGUUUAUAUUUGUUAUAGGUAUAAGAAAUUUGAUGAUAAUAAUAGUAUCAUUAAGGAGCCAUUUCAGUUUUGUGUAACUGAGAUUGACAGAAAAA